AUUCAUGGAUUUUAAAAUUCCAGGAUAUUCAGUGUUGAAAGCUCGAGAGUCCUUUAAAUUGACACCCAACUUGUGACGUGGAGUGGAUAGUUAUUGUACCAAACAAGUGCUAUUCGUUACACCUGAUUGGAGCGUGUGAUUUUCACAAAGUUCUAUAAAAUAGAAAUUUAUAACAAUUUCUGUGAUUUUAUCUCGUUAAGUGUUAAUUACAUGGUUUAUAUAUAUGCAGAUAUGGUGGAUUGUAUGACAAGUAUUAUGUAUAUGUCCGAAACAUACAACCGUUGAAGACGAAAUUGAAUGAUUCUUGCUCAUGAAUCCUUCAUUUUAGUUAUAGAAGCUCACAAGAGUCACUCUACAUAAUGAAGGAAUUUAUUUGUGAUUGAAAAAGAUUUUAAAAACUUCCUCUGUGCAAAGAUGUUUUUCAUAGUCCUGGAUUACCUGUGGAAUGUGUAUAGCCAAUGAGAUUUUCAACAUCGCAAGGACUCAGUUUUAAAAAUUGAUUGUCACAAGUCACGACUGCAGUGAGGAAUUUCGUAAGAGAUUUUUUUUUUAAAUAUUUUGUUUACCACACAGACUCUAUAUCUGUAACUGAGGUGUAAACAACACUCAGGUGAACUCGUCGACUUUCGUAUCUCUGUGUUCCGCGAGUCAUUGUCAGCGUCAUUAAACUUUAUGUGAAAUUAAGAGACGAACAUGAUGACAGCUUAAUGAUCUGACAGGUAUAUUUAAGGACAUACAGUAUAUAGAAGUAGCUGAGAUACCUACAUCAGUCGUACUGUUUAUAGACCAAGCUUGAGAACCUGUGGAUAGCGGUGCCUUAAUACGGAUUGCCUUAGAAUUCCUGAAGUCAAGAAUACCAGACAUCAAGAAUUCAAAAUCAAUUUUCCAGAAAUUCCUUUCGGUUAUUACUUUUUUGAUGCAAAGCCAAAAUCAAUUCAAAGAAACAGUUUUCCUCUCCUGUGGAUGGUAUAUAUAUUUAUCCCUGGAUUGCCGACAUUAUAUAUCACACAUAUAUAGGUGUUGGAAUGUUAUUUGCUGAGACGUUUGUAUAUUUCGUGUUUACGCCUCCCUUAAGUCUCGAUCUGUGAUGAUCAGACAAUAUCAGCAUUGAUCAACAGGCUGAAAGGAGAAUAUAAUCGUGUAACAAGCUAAAUAUCAUCACAGGAGCUGCCAGGAACGUCUGAUGUCGAACGAUCUCCUAAUCAGUAUUACUGGUGUCUGUGCUGGGACAUGACCAUAACACAUCAUUUCUGUCAGUGUCGAGAAUCUUGCUUGUCAGCAAGUUCAGCUACCUAUAAUGGCAGUGCUAUCUGAUAAUUCAAACCAAUUUUGAAUUUUAUCUCAUCUUUUAGAGGAAAUCUAUUUCUUUACCUGCAGUAGUCUGGUAUUGGAGGCAUUCCCUACCAGUAUGGAUUAUAAUGGAAUUUUGUUAUUGUGAUUAUAUUCUAAAAAUAUCUUCUUUUUUUUAUUAUUAAAUUCAUACUUGUCAACACGUUUCAAAACAGAAUCUCCGCCGUUUCUGGUAUUUUCAUCUGACCAGCUGUAGUACAACUGUAUAUUUUGCGAGUAAUGUUUUGUGUCUAAGACCACAAGAGGUCUUGUAUUUAAUUGACCAAUACAUAAUGGUGUCCAGUUCUGUGGCUCGAGUGGACUGGUCAUACCCACUUGGUCGGUACAAACUGACCGUUUCCUGCAGCAGGGCAGACAGUAGUUUCAGUGAGAGUUACUUUGCUGUAAAAGGAGCCGUCCUCAUCCUUCCUCAGAGUGAUGUCACCGAUCAUACCUACACACAGAAGAUCGUACGGGAAAGACAUGCAGGUGUCGGCACAGUCACUGGUGACAUACAGAGCCACCUACAGUCCAUGUUCUACCUCCUCCGGUCAUAUGACACGAUCAAAGUGGCGGUGAAGCUAGAGAGCCAACAUGAAGGACAUAAUCGCUACAUGGCCGUCGUUUCAUGCUUCGGUAAACAGGACACCGAGGAGUCGGUCAUCCUCGGCAUUGACUGUAAUAAGGAAGCCACCAUAGGCCUUGUCCUUCCCAUCUGGGCCGACACCAGCGUCAACCUCAACGGAGACGGAGGGUUUAUGGUGAGCUCGGAGGGGAAACAGCACAUCUUCAAACCUGUGUCUGUACAAGCUAUGUGGUCGGCGUUACAGAGCCUUAACAAGGUGGUGAAGAUCUCCAGAGAUAACAUGUACAUUCCUCGCGGCCUUACUCAUACCUGGGUGGGUUAUUACAACUCCCGUAUUCACUCCGACCGCGCCUGUAUAUCAGAAUGGUUUACCUCAGAAGAACUUGAAGACUGGCGGUCGUGUAACGUCUUGUUCAUGGAUCCAGGUGACAGUCCUGACGAUGUCCUACAGAAAAAGAUCAAGACCGAGCUUAAGAACAUCAUGAUGACCGUUGACCUGGACGAAGUCACCUCCAUAUUUCUACGGGAGGCUCUGGAGGAGAAGUUAAAGCUGAACCUGAAGAGCCACAAGCAGUUUGUGGAACAGGAAAUGAUCACCAUCAUGGGUCUGAUGGACUCCCCCACCAUGAUCAAAGACUUCCUCUUCCUGGGAUCAGAGUUUAACGCCUCUAAUCUGGAGGAACUGACGGAGAAUGGGGUGGAUCACAUACUCAAUAUUAGCCGUGAGGUCGACAACUUUUUCCCGGAGAUUCUAACGUACAUGAACAUCAAGGAGUGGGACAAUGAGGAGGCGGACUUGUGUAAACACUGGGACGACACUAACAAAUUCAUCGCCAAGGCCAGGAGGGAGAAUUCCAAAGUGCUGGUCCAUUGUAAGAUGGGGAUUAGUAGAUCGGCGUCUACCGUGAUGGCGUAUCUGAUGAAGGAGUACGGCAUGUCAAGACGGGAAGCUUAUGACUUUGUAAAGGCCAAAAGGGCCUGCGUCAUGCCGAACCAGGCGUUCUGGGCUCAGCUACUCAUAUAUGAAGGGAUACUUAAUGCUAGUAAACAGAGAGCGCUAUUUAAGAGUAAAUCGGAGCAGAACCUGAUCCCUACCUAUCCUACUGUGAAGGAGGAAGAGGAGGAGGAGGAAAUCCUGAUGAAGGGCCACAGAUUGAUUAAGGAUGACCUGUGUCUUCCCCUCCUACCUCCUCACGACGUUCUCCAUGACAGCGUGUUCCUCCGGGACAAGGAUAAGGACAUCAUGUUUGACCUUGAGAGCAGUUCCCGGAGUGCCGACUCGACGGAGGAGUCUCUUGACCUGCCGUCACCCAAGGCAGACGCUGUCGUGAAGUCCACAGCUUAUGGUGUGUACGUUAUAGAGAGUAACAAGCUUUCGCCGGGUGACGGGCCAGACACCGACACGUCAAGUCUGUCCGAGGAGGACAUGGACUUCGGCGAGACGGACACGGACAAUCUCUACGAUAAAGACUCUCAGUUGGAGAGAGAUCAAUCUCAACUAUCGGCAGCUAUCAAAUUUAAGCCGGACCAUAGUUGGAUUAAGCAACAUGCUGAAACCCUUGAUGAAUCUGAUGCAGGGGACGAGUUUACGGACAAUCAAGAUAUGCCAAUGUCUGAAUCUGUGUCAGUUGAUGAUGCUGAGGGAAUCGUAACUGCUGAACAACCUAUAGUGUCUGAAACAAAGACAUCAAUGGAGGCAGAAGACACAAAUUCAUCCGAAAUCCCGCCUGACACCACGCCAUCUGUGGCUGAUGACAUCACAGACACAGCGAAUGCGUCACCCACUGGAGUGGAGCUGGGUGUCCGGUGUCAUUAUAUCAAAGAAAACAUCCCGUGGAAUCCAGGUACUGUGAAAAAACAGCUACAGGACUUCGAGGGCAAGACCAAGGAGGUACAAGAAGAUACAGACUCAGGAAAUGAGGAGGAGGUAAAAGUUGAUCCAGUAGCGACAGAUUUUAAGGUGUCGGAAGAUGCGGCUCCAGCGGAGAAGGUGACUGGCACGCCUGUGAACUGUAACACUACUGAACAGGACAAAGUGGACCCUGAGGUAGAAGACAAGCCUCCACUCAAACGAUCAGCUUCUGUGUAUGAGAUAGAGGAUAUAACCCUCCCAGCAGGCAUCGUCAAAAAGACCACCCAGGAGAUUGAGGACCGGAACUUACAAAGCGACAGUUCUCCUGAAAGUCCCCACCAACCUCUACAGCGGUCAUCCAGUUUGAAGGAGGAGCGGGUAACACCUAAACGUAAACGAUCAGAGCGACGGAAAACCUGUACUCCCAUCGUGACUCCAAGCCCUUCCCCCACGGCAACUCCAGGGUCUACCCCACGAUCUUCACAUGAUACAACUCCCUCUGGUGAGAACAGAGAAUUUGUUUUCCCCUUAAAGAAGGAAGCAAAGAGCUCUGAUGAAGGGCAGACAACUGAGACGGGCGAGAGCCAGGGGGAGGAUGUAGCAGUGUACAAGUGGGGUACGGAGGAAGUCCCCGUGGAGAAGGGUAUCGUCAAAAAACAAAAAAUGGAUAUUGAACAAAAGGCGAGGGAUCGACAAACGUCAGAGAGUCGCACACCCGACUCGGACAAAGACGUAGAGGGAAUAAUUUUGUCCAACAAAGCUGAUGAUACCAAAGACAUUUCUGGUGCUUUUAAGUGUAAACCCACUGUGCCUACAUCCAUAGACAUUCCGAAGGUGACGGACACAGGAAAUAGAGGACAAGUGCAUUCUGGGAAGGAUGAUACUCAAAACUUUUUAAAAGCUAGUACAUCACAGCUUUCGACCUCCCCAGUGUCUUCGAGAGAUUCUGUAAGUCCCUCGUCUCCUCUAGUGAGGAAGAAGCACAAGACGAGUGUUGAUCUUGAUGACAGCGGGAGAUUUGAUUCUGAAACCUUGGAACUCAUUCGUGAAAUAGGCUCGGCUUUCCUCAACAGUCCGGCAAAGACAGAGAAAGAGAAAGAAAUCAGUGAACAAGAGGCGCUAGAAGGGGGCAGCCUCGUGAAAUUCUUGGUCAGAAAUAUCGAGAAAACGACAGGUGUGACCAAGAAAUCACAUUUGAAGGAGAUAGUGAUAAUAGAAAAAGACACUGCAGCAGCUCAGCAGGAAAAGAAGAAAAGGUUGUGGCGUUACAGUAAUCCAGCUGUUGAGCCAUUGACCCCACCAGGUGACAGACCCCGAGUCACCCACUCACAUAGUAGCCCUGCGUUAGAUGUCCCUGCUAAACACAAGGAUGGAACUGUGCCACCCGGGGGUGCCCUGACCCCAUCUUCGCCCCUUAAAGUUGAUCCCUCCCUAUUUCGAAUAACUGCUGAUACCACCAAUACUCAAUCCACAACAUCUGUGAUAGAACCCAAAGAGACUCCGGAGAACAAUGCUGAGGGGACGGUGAAGGAGAAAGUAAAAGACUUGGUGGGCAAGUUUGAGCUCCCAGAAACUGUUAACACCCCAGGGUUGAAGGAGGUCACACCUACCGAGGAAGAACUCACAAUAGUGUUGAAGGAAAUUGACAAUAGUAAAUCUACAAAUACGAAAUCCCCUGUCUCUACUGAGUCAGAUAAAGUUGACAGGUUGUCCAGCACUUCAGAGAGCGAUGCCACUACCCCGGAGGAAGAAGACCUUGAAGGGGAACAAUCUAUGUCGGAACAAUCAAUACAGCUGCGCCAUCUACGGCAAAACCUACGCAAGGCAAACGACCGGCCUAAAUCUGCUGAACAUAUGCGGAGGAGCAAUAGUACCACACCAGAGGGAGCAACCCCUCAGAGGCCACGUCUCAGACACGCAAACACUCUGCCCAGCCCUGUUGAAUUUGGGCCAUCAACAUUUUCGUGGGAGGGUAAGAAAGUGAGAAAAUUACAUGGCAAGUCCCAUCCGUUGACAAAGCUGGAAACGAGGAGAGCAAGUCCGUUUUACAACACUAUGUGAUUUUAUGUUAUUUUAUGUAAGUUAUCCCACCAAGUGUCUGUUUGCCGUAGUGUAAUUGUGUGUCCUUGACGUUUCAAAGCAAACAGGUGAUUAAUGAGAUGUGUGUGUGACCUUGUGAUAAUGUGAAGGUCACAGACGGACGUGAGGGACUCGCUGCCUGCGCUGGGUGUGUAGUAUAGGGCAGGGCUUGGUAAUUAGACUCUGGUUAGUUCAACACUGCAUAUAUAUGUAAUAUGCGAUAUCGUACAGAUACAACUUUCUGUAACCACAGGGCAACAGAUAUAAUCGUGAUUACUCUAUAUAUAUAUAUGCUUACUGCAGCUAUCACGAAUAUUUUUUUGGUAAUUUUACGUAAAAUACCUAAAAGUCUAUUUAUAAGACAGAGUUGUCUGUAAGAAAAAACAUGUAUUUACAGUCAACCUGCUCAGGAGACCACCUCCAUUAAGAGACCACCUGUGUUAAGAGACCACCUGUGUCAAGAGACCACCUUUUAGGACUUCUCAAGGAUGGUCCCUAUAUACAAGUUUGACUGUAUAUCGUUUAGAAAAUUGACAAUAACCUGUGCACAAAAUGACAGAUUCACAAUAUACGGUCACCACUACUAAAUUCCAAAGAGACAAAUUGUCCAACAUGAGUAAUUCAAAGCUGUCCAAGGAACGUCCACUGUAGAAUGAAAGUUUUAAGAUUAAAUGGUGAGUUUUGAUAUCUUAACCAGGGAUAAACCUGACACAUUGACCCUUCAAAACUCAAAACUGAAAUUGACCCCUCCAUGUUCCACCUUUUGUUUAAUUCUACAUAGAAUGGCCACUCUUAAUUUUGAUAAUGACUUAAAAUUGCUGAAAAUUGCCCACUGCUCUCAAAUUCCAGGAUUUCCCCUGCUUAACUGUUGAGUGGUAUCUAAAAAAAUCAACUUUAUUUGAUAAAGGUAUUUUAAUAUAUCAAACCUGGUGUCUUUUUCAUUCAUGGAAACACAAUAUAUGGAAAUAUUCUAUCAAAAUGAAGGUAUUACUUGUGAUGAAUGUUGAUUAUUAAGAUACAGUGUUGAACUAAUGCGAUUUUAACAGGAGACCAAGUCGACUUCUUCCAUUCCAUAACAGGCUCUACUUCAUCUCUCCUAGUAGAGCUUACAUUGCUGUAUUCCGUCUUUGCGUAUUGCAGAGUUAUCUUCUCUUGUGAGCAGGUAUUGAUUCUUACGUCAUUGGUUUGU